AUGGAUUCCCAUGUCGAGAAGGUCGAAUUUAAACUAUACCGAUAUACACCUUCGCUUGCAGCGGCCAUACUAUUUAUCGUGUUGUUCUUUCUCAUCACAGCGUACCAUCUUUGCCAGGUCAUUUGGGCGAAAUGCUGGUACUUUCUUAUAUUUGCUCUUGGGGGACUCUUCCAGAUAAUCGGAUACAUCUGUCGCGUACUAGCACACUCGGAUAAAGAGAACGUCCCUAUUUACGCCGUCCAAUCGCUCAUGAUCCUCCUUGCGCCUCCUCUCUACGCUGCGUCCAUAUACAUGACCCUCGGUCGACUCAUCACGCACCUAAAUGCAGAACAUCUCAGUCUGAUACAAGUGAAAUGGCUCACCGCGAUAUUUGUGAUGGGUGAUGUGUUAUCCUUCGCCAUGCAGGGGUCAGGAGGAGGAAUCAUGGCCUCCGGCACCAUCAGCGCCAUGAACACUGGUGAAAACGUAACUAUCGGCGGACUAUGCAUCCAGCUUCUCUUCUUCGGCGUAUUCAUCAUUGUGUCAAUAAUCUUCCACCGUCGGAUCCGCAAAUUCCCGACCCAGAACUCCGUGAUGGACACAACCUCUGGACGUCUAUGGCCCAACAACAACAAUAACAACAAUACAUCCUGGGAGUUUGUCAUGUGGGGACUGUAUAUCUCCAGCGUGCUGAUCCUUGUGCGGUCAAUUUUCCGACUCGUUGAGUAUGCGCAGGGCAAUGAUGGAUAUUUGAUUAGUCACGAGGCAUUUAUGUAUGUGUUUGAUUCGAUGUUGAUGUUUUUUGCGAUGAUUGCGAUGAGCCUGUUUCAUCCGAGUAAGGUGUUGAGGUCUGGGAAGAAGGGGAGCGCAGGUGAUGGGGAGGAGUUGAGGAGGAUAUCCUCGUAG